CUUCCGCCAAGAUGGCGGCGGCUGGGGCGGCCCGCGGAGCGGUCAUGGCGGCGGCGGCGGCCCGGCGCGGUUGGUGGCGUCGCGGCCUGUGGACGAGCCGCCGGGCGCUGGCGGCGCUGGCGCUGUUGGGCGGAGGAACGGCGUGGUACCGCGGCCGCGCCCCGCCGCGCCGGGAGCUGCGGGGACCGGCGGCCUUCCUCACCGUCCUGGCGCAGAAAGAUGCUCCCAAAGAAGAGUUGUCAGAUAAAGUGUCCAUUCGAAAGCAACGCUUCCUACAGUUUUCCUCGCAAGAAUAUGAAGGAGAAUAUUACAUGACUCCCAGAGACUUCCUGUUCUCAGUAAUGUUUGAUCAAAUUGACCGUAAAGCCUUGGUCAGGAGGCUCUCCCAGAAGGAGGUGGAAGAUGCAUUGGCAUUUGCCAAGCGGGCCCGUCGAGGAUCCAGCUUCUUCCGAGACCUCGGAGAUAAAGGAUUGAUUUCAUACACUGAAUAUCUGUUCUUGCUGACAAUCCUCACCAAACCGCAGACUGGAUUUCACAUGGCCUUUAAAAUGCUGGAUUCAGAUGGUGAUGAGUGCGUUGACAAGAGAGAAUUCUUCAAGCUUCAGAAGAUUAUUAGAAGACAAGAGGAUUUGAAGGCAGCAGCCAGGGAUGAGACCAUGCUUACGGAAUCUAAAGUGGAAGAUUCUAAAGUUAAUACUACCCUCCAGAUCCACUUCUUUGGAGCGAAAGGAAAAGACAAGCUUCACUAUAAAGAAUUUCGCAGGUUUAUGGAAAACUUACAGACAGAGGUGCAAGAAAUGGAAUUCAUACAGUUUUCCAAAGGACUGAGCUUCAUGAGAAAAGAGGACUUUGCUGAGUGGCUGCUCUUUUUCACCACAGGAAACAAAGACAUUUACUGGCAAAAUGUGAAAGAAAGAAUGCCAGCUGGAGAGAGUAUAAGCUUGCAUGAGUUCAAGACAUUUUGCCAGUUUACGACACACCUGGAAGACUUUUCUAUCACCAUGCAAAUGUUCAGUGUAGCCAAUCGCCCUGUCAAAUUGGCGGAAUUCAAGAGAGCGGUGAAAGUGGCAACGGGACAUGAGCUCUCAGACAAUGUUUUGGACACCGUCUUCAAGAUCUUUGACUUAGAUGGCGAUGAUUGCCUCAGCCACGGAGAGUUCCUUGGGGUUUUAAAGAACAGGAUGCAUCGUGGUUUAUGGGUCCCACAGCAACCAGGCCUACAAGAGUACUGGAAGUGUGUGAAAAGAGAAAGCAUUAAAGGAGUGAAGGAAGUCUGGAAGCAAGCCGGAAAACCGCUGCUGUAAAAGACCAAAGGGAAGGCGCUCCAGGAUGAUCACCUGGCAGCACUUGGGACGUUUAAAGUAUCUGUUUCUGUUUACCUAAUGCAAAUGUUCUAAAGUCAUCUGCAGUGUGUGUGAUUUCAGAGUGCAGCCGAUUUGCUUUCUGAUACCAUAACCUCAUGAUUUUGGUUAACAGAGAUGGAUACUAGCUUGGCAUUAGCUGGGCAAAUACCCUAGUGGUGCCAAUCUAUUUUCCACUCCCAGGAAGAGUUGAGAAUCUGGUUUUAGUUCUGGUCUCCCAUAAUCAGACACAAAAGCCAGGUCCCCUGCGGGAAAUACCUGGUAUUGUGCUAAUUGUAUUCAAUCAGUUAAUCAGUGAAAUUUCUUGAGCACUUACUGUGUGCAGAGCACUGUGCAUUAAGCACUUGGGAGAAUACAGUACAACAGAGUUGCCCGCGAGGGUUUAUAGUCUCAAAGUCUGGUAUCACACUCCAAAUAGCAUCUGAGCCUGUACUACCCAGGGGGAAUGACAUUUGGGUGGGUCCUUCCCUCGAAACACAUAGGGCCAGGAAGGCAGGAUCGGGUGCUUGUGUUCUUAGGAUUUUAUUCCAGCUGGGUGCUUGAGUGGGGAUUAGUUCUAAUGAUAACAUGUCUUAGCAGAUGUCAUUAUCGAAACUGGAAAUAAUAGCGUUUACAGAGACAUAGAAAAUAGAAACUGUGUGCUUGAUUUCUGAAAGCUUCUUUUAAAAUUUCACAACCAGAGGUAGAAAUAAACUAAAAUUACGUGAGCAACGCCUGCCUUCUUACUUUUUAGCCAGAGUCACUUAGAAUUCUGCCUCUCAGCUGCUGUUUAAGAAAACAGAAAAUACUCGGCACCGUGAAUCCCACGUUUGCCUCUUUCCGAGAAACAGUCCAGCUUCCCCGAAGAGCUGGAAGGAAAAGCUAAACCCAGAAAGUUCCCUCAAUUGUGGAGUAUGUCCAGCAGAUGGAAGGAAGAGCUUCUGCCAUUAGGGAGCUGGAGAGCUGAAGGAAUCUACCGAGGACAGACCGAGCUCUGCCGGCUGGCUAAAGGAAAUGUGUCUCUGCCUGGGUGAAGGGUUUGUGUAUGUGCUUAAAAAAUAAUCGCCAUUUCCUCCCCAGCCCACCGACUCCCGGCACUUCUGCAGAUGCUUUUUCGAAUUUGCAAUUCAACGUGAUUACACUUCGGGGCCUGGCUGCGAUGGUGAUAGAGUGCUGUGCGCCCAGUAAACGCUUAAUAAAUACAAUUGAAUGAUA